AUGAUAUUUAUUUUACUUAGAGAGACAAGGGUAUUCUAGAAGGGCUAUCUCUGUUCAGUUACUAAUAGGUUUGAUUUGUAAUAGAGAUAGGAACGAUAAUGUGAUAUCAGCCAGACUUUGAUUGAUAACUCGAUGUAAAGAUAUCUCUUUAACUUAUACAUGUACUGAUAUCUCUCAACGCUCAAGUGGUAGCUCUUUUUAAUUUAAUCGAGACUGAUUAGGUAAAGUGAAACGACCUGCAAUAUUUCUAUGGUACAAAAUAAAUCAAGAUAUGGAGACCAUAAACGAUUUGGCAAGUUUAAAUUGAUUUUUAAGCAAGAUGUAGAUUAAACCAUUUGUUGUGUAUGUACCACUGUAAAGAUUUAUACAACCGAGCAUAAUAAUUGAUAAAAUUCAACAUGAAACACAAAUGUAUUGGAUUUUUAAUCCCUGAUGAAUGGAACGAUAUAAAAGGUACAUUAGGUGCUUUUAAAUUGCACUACGUGUAUUAGAAUCACUUCAUAAGCAUGGCUACAUCUCGGAAUUACAAUGAAUCAGUGACAGCAGAAUUGGACGAAGUCAAUUAUACGUUAUGUGAACCCUGUGCUGGUGACGAAAAACAGAUAGAAGCAGAAGGAUUCUGUUUUGACUGUUCAGAGUAUCUGUGUGAACAAUGUUUUAACAGUCACGGUAGAUUUAAAGCGUUCAAGCACCAUAUUCUUCAGGAUAAAGAUAAUGUGCCUGUUGGUGCAGCAAAUAUAGUUUUAUUUGAUGUAUGCGUGGAAAAGUGUCAGAAACAUACAACAAAAAUUAUUGAAUAUUUUUGUCAAUCAUGUGACUCACUUGGAUGUACUGCGUGCAUUACUACAAUGCACCGCCAAUGCCAAAAUGUAGAGCACGUACCAGACAUUGCAAAAGAUCUAGAAAACAACGAGGAACUGAUAGAGUUUGAGAAAGACAUACAUGACAAACUAAAGAUGGUUAAUGAUAUUAAGGCAACAAUUAGAUCAAGAAAAUGCGAUGUCAAUAAAAUGAAAAGGCGGGCAAUGAAAGAUCUAAAUAAGCAGCGUGAUGAGAUAAACAGGAUUUUUGACCAUCUUGAGGCGAAAAUAAACCAAACGAUAGCUGACAUAGAUGAAACGAAUAUGGAUAAUUUAAAUUCCGCGUCGGACAGGUGUAAUAUAAUUGAUGACGGACUUAACAAAAUGAAAACUACAAUCGAGACUAAAAGGAAGAAUAGACAAAAUUGUGAACUAUUUAUUGCAAUGAAAAUUUUAAAAGCUAGUAUGGAAAACCUCGACCAGGAGUAUGAAAUGUUAUAUGAAGAGAGCAAAAUAAAAAGAUAUAAACUAGCACAAUCCUCACAAACAAAGGAGGUAGUGACGAACAUAAAUGAAAUGUGCAGAAUAUUAACUGCACAAGUUGUGUCUGAAUUCAAUAUAGGCUCUUGUAAAGAUGAAGUAGAACCAAGCGUUGGUGGUUUAGCAGUGGUCCAGAAGCAUUACCUUGCUGUUUCUGACAACAGCAAUAAAACAGUGAAGAUAGUUGAUACACGAAAUGACCGAGUAACAUCUGAAAUUAGUUUGGACUGUGAUUAUGUUUGGAAUGUCACAAGUAUCAAAGGCGAUCAAAUUGUAGUAUCAAUGUCAUCAGAUGAGAGUUAUUUUUACUCUAAUCUUCUUAUCCUGGCAGUAUCAAAGGACGGUGCUUUAAGUAAAAAUAACUUGAUAACAACUAAAGCUGUAGCAUUUGAUCUUGUGGGCAUUGAACAAUCCCUUUACAUACUAGAUCUGAAUAAUAUCAUAGUAAUUGAUAUACAAGGAAAUGUUUUGAAAGAAAUUAUAUGUGGAACUACUUAUCGUUCCAUAGCAGUAAGCACUGACAAAAACACAAUUUACUUAAUCAAUGGUAACAAUAACAGUGUACAGAGUAUGACGCUAAACGGCCAGGUCACGGCAACGUACAAGGACAAGAGACUGAAAUGUCCCUGGGGUGUAACAGUAGACAACGAGGGUUUUGUGUAUGUUAGAAGCUCUGACAGCAUUCAUCAAUUGACAAAGGACUGUACGAAGGUUCAAGUUAUCAUAGAGGAUGUGUUUGGCACAAGCAUAACCUACUCUGGCACAAAUAACAGACUGUACAUGGGAGACGGUGAUAAAGUGAAAGUGUAUGAACUGAAAUAGUACGUAAUAAUUCUGACAUAAGUCAAAGGAAAUUUCACAUAUAUGAAAUCAUACAGUAAUGUUAGGAAGCUAUCCAGCUGGCAUACUGAAGGGCGAUAGUUCAACCAAAGUGCCCGCCCUGAUGAAAUUAUGCUCGGAGCAUCACCUGGAUUCUUCCUCAACCAUCAAAGGUUGAAAGUCGCUAUAUGACCUAUAAUUAUGCCGGUGCGACGUUAAACCCAACAAAUAACAAAAUAAAAAUAUCAUACAGAGCAGAACAUGUAUUUAACUGCAGUUUGCAAUGUGUUUAACAAUUAGAUUACAGCAAAUGUAAAAGCAAAUCUUCUAAUACACCACAUAACAGAUCAAUCAACCUUUUGAAGUUUACGUAAUAUUAAUACCAGUUCAAGGCCAAAAUUGAACAUUUCCUUCAUUUGCGAAUUGUUGGAUUGCUUGUCUGGUAAAGAUAGGCGAAAGGUUUCGCGUCAAAUGUAUAUAAUAUAUGUAUAUAGAGCAAUCUCGAAUAUUGCUUAAUUGUAUAUUGAAAAAUACCCCUUCUGGUGAUACUAUUUGGAUGACAUGUAAUGUAUGACAUUCCCAUACCAAGGUUGUUGCAAGUGGAAUA